CAUAUGAAUCUGACAAUUGAAUGUUGUGAGAAUGUUCAGGGUCCAGCUUAUUUCUAACUUUCACUUCCCUCUAGCCCCGCAGUCUGCUGCGGUCGGCGCUUAGCGACGUUGCCUGUUUCUCUAUAAGAAAUAAGAAAAAGUUCACAAGCCUCGAGAUCCUGGAUUCUAAUGCUGCCUUGUUUACGUGAUGGAUGGGUUUGUCAUCUCACCUGUAAGUUUUGCUGCUCUCUUGUGUGACAUUUGACCUUUGACAGGACAGUCUGUGAUUGUAGCUUGAGACACUUGAGUGGUCAAUCUGGUGUUUGUUCAAAUAAGUAUCGCCUGUGUUUGUAUAGCCGUUUCUCUGAAAUAAAGCUAAUCCGGUCUGGUGUUUUGUGAUCCAGGUGGGAUUUCAUCUAUUGAUCUAAGAAGAAGUGAAGGACUUAGUGACAGUGUUAUAUUUGUCAUUUAUUAAGAACAUGAUAUCCUUUUCUUUGCACUCUGGGAAACUUACUCAUACGUGUAUUGCCCGGCCACUUGUUUACUUUGUGCAUUUCUUUCUUUGUGUUACUGCAAACAGUAAAAACAAUGUGAUUUCAGUACAUAAAAGUCAUUACAGUGAACGUUUUUAACUUUAUUUAUUAAAGUAGAGAAACUAAAUUUUACCUUCUCUGUCUGAAAAUAUAAUUUUCCACUUUCAAAGGCUUCUGAAGAAAUCAAUCCCAAUGACUCAGAAGAUUACAGACCCCCUGUAGAGAUGUACCCCUUCAUCACUAACCUGGGAGAGAUUUAUGAAGGUGAGUUGACUGAAUUAAGCUGUUAAAAAGUGAGCAAAAUACUACACCACUUACUCUCUUUGCCAACCUGUUAAGAGACUUUGCCAAGUGUCUUACCUGUUUAAUAUUUCAGACCACAGAUGGACCUUUCACUCUGAGCGUGUGCACCCAACAGACUUUGAAAAUUCCCCAGUGAAUCACCUCACAGAGCUUCAGUCGGUGUCUCCUCAACAGCUGAUACAACCAUACCGCUACAGCAAUGAGCCUCUGGCCCUCCACCUUGAGCCAACUCUCGGAGCACUCUCUGUGUCACCUCAGGUAGGAGCAUGUGUAAGAAAUAAAUGAUUGCUUCAGCGUAUUCAUAUUGUAUUGUAUCAUAUGGUAUAUAAUAUAUUACCAUAUUGUGUAUUGAAUUGUAUCAUAUAUCGUUAAUAUGUGAGGAAAUGUUUGGAUAAGAUUAAACACAUAUGUAACAAGCAAAACUACCAUCCAAAAGAAUGUAAAAAAAGACAAGGUCACUUUUGAGAGUGAUAUCAAUACAUGAUGUGAAAUUAAGUUUUUACGUGGACGUGCACUCUUGGUCAAUUAAACCAUGAAGUGUCAUUGCCCCUGCGAGUUAGCACAACAAUCUCUAGUUAGUUUAACAAAUCAUUAAUAUUUUUGCAUUAUAGGUCAUUUCCUGUGUCUGGGAUGUAGUGCAGCUCCCUGUCACUAGCUCCGGUUUAGGGCUAUUGUCAUUGUGCUGUAACGCUAUACCACUUCGAUGUAAACAAACAGAUGGCGUCUCAUAGUGUGGCGCAGAUAAGCAAUAUUUUGAUCUAGAAAAUGAAGGUAAAGUCGUACACAGGUUUCGUCCAGUUAUACUGGCACAUAACUAUUCAACCAGAGCAAUGGGUAACCAGCAUAAGCAUGUGUAUGUUAACCUACAUGCAAGGACGAAGGCUGCUGGCACUGGCUCUGCUGAUGUAAGUCACACUCAAUAAACCUAGUUAACACUGUUCAUCCGCAGACACUAUGUUAAACCAUAUUUGAAUUAAAUCAUGCUCUAUUUUGGCUACUUCCUGAGUUUAUUUUUAUUUUUUUUGCCUUAGAUUAUAUGCUUGGUUUGUAUGUUAAUUUCUUUUUAAGGUUAAGGUUUUUAAGGUUUCUUCUAAUCACUCUUAGCUUCCAUGUCUUCAUGAUGUUUUGCAUAUCGUGCACAAUACCUUAGUUUGUGACAUGUGGUUUCUCAUUCCCCUGCCUUUGCUAAUCGUAGUUAUUAUCACAAAAUAAUAUACAUUCACCUGAGGGUAGCUAACAGCUGGAGCUUCAUCUGUUGUCUAAAUGUAUGGACCAUGUAUUUCGAGGUAUUUUGGGUCCCAUCUUAUGGGUCAGCAGUCUGAAUAAAUGGCAUGUAGGCUCUGGGUUGAAAUGUUAUCUCUAUUUGCUGUGUCUCAGAUAGUCUUUUAUUUAUCUUGCACGUGUUUACAUGGAAUGAGAAUGCAAUUCAAUAUGCCAAAGUUAUGGCUUAAAGUCACGACUGAAAGUGAAUAGAUCAAUUUUCACUAUUGCCCCUGUUUUUAAAAUAAAUGGUUUGGAUAUAUGUGAUCCUGCUUAUUGAAACAGGAACAGUGUUUAGACUAAAUCCAGAUGCAAAAUUAUAUCCCAUUAAAUUUACUGUCAUCAUUUUAAAAGAAAACAUUAUUAAGAUAUGAUGUAGACAUAAGAAACUACAUCUCUUCAAAUGGAGCACAUGUUGUGGGCUGUGGGGGUAAUUCCAUUGAAAUGUCAUCUUCACAAUAAGAGCUUGCUGUGCACUGAGUUCUAUUUUGAGGGAGCAACUUCCUCUUUUACUUUACAAUGACAGAGUGUACACCAAAAUGUCAGACAGUAACAUGGAAAAAAGGCAAAAACUGCAUUUCUAUCACCCCCUUAUGUAAACUCAGACAUUUUUACCCAUCUCCUCAAGAUCCCAUUUUACACAUCGACCCUGUGCUACCAGUACCAACCCCCCACCUCACCAGGCCACCAGUGCUACUCCGUAGAGGAACCAAGAGGAGGCAGUCCCCCGCUUGAGGUAUCGGAGGGAGAGGAUGAAUUUGGAGAAAAAAACCACACCUCCUACCGGAGAGAGUUUAGUGAGUAUCUAACUUUCGGGUCAGCCGUUGGGCGUGGCUGGCAAUCAUCAAUACUGGGCUUUCUACUGUGGGAACACUGCAAUUUUGAGCUUAACACAAUAUUUCAUGUUUAGGAAAAUACUAUUAACAAACCAUAGAUAUUGUCGUGACUAAUGAAAAUUCCUGAUCUAUCGACACAAGGCUGCAAAAAAAUGUCCACAUUGUAUCUAAAGUGGUCUGUGGUAAACAGAUAAAGUGGCUUGACCUAAGCAGCUUUGUAAAUGUCGAUAGAUAUAUAAGAUGACUACUGGACUGAGCAAAUCCCUUUCUUCUAUCCAAAACAGCCACCAAGAAGAAAAUCCGCUUGUACCAAUAUCUCCUGGACUUGCUAAGAAACGGCGACAUGAGUGAGAGUAUCUGGUGGGUGGACCAAGACAAGGGCAUCUUCCAGUUCUCCACAAAACACAAAGAAUCUCUGGCCAGCCACUGGGGUAUUCAGAAAGGAAACCGCAAAAAAAUGACCUACCAAAAAAUGGCACGAGCUCUGAGGAACUAUGGUAAAACUGGCGAGAUUAAAAAGGUGAAAAAGAAGCUAACAUAUCAGUUCAGUGAGGAGGUGCUGAGGAACCUGUACCUGCGUCAUUAUCCUCAUUAAUGAGGGAAUCAAAAGGCUGUUUAUAAAUAUGCUGAAAUGAUCAAAGUAUGAUGAAAAUCAAGCUGUCUGCAAUUUACUUAUUUUUUUAACAAGCCUGUCAAUAUUUAUUUUGUAUGCCAGUGUUGAUUCUUUUCAGCGUUUCCCCCUUCUUAAUUUCUCUUUACUGCAAAUGAAAAUGUAACAAAAAGUUGUUUCUGCAUCAGGGUUACUAAAAAUAUAAACACAAUAAUGAAAAUGUUUGCAUAUCACCUUUUUGUCAUACAUGUGUUUGAAUAAUUAUUUUCUAUAUUUGUGUAACUUAAAAUCAACUUUUACAAAAUGGAAAAACCUGCUGUGACUGUGUGAGUACCGAAACUGGGUAAAAAUGACAAACAUUUUUGUGAUUUUUGGGUGAUUUUGUUGUGAGAACUAUUGAAUAGAGGCUACAGAGUCCAUUUAGAAAAGAUAUUUAGUGAUUAGUGAUUUUCAUUUACUAAAACCCCACAUGGCACUUACUCAUUUUUGUUUGGGUUGCUGAAAUAUGUAUCAAAGGAGACAGUAUAUCUCCUUUUAGGAUAUACAGGAAGACUUUGCAAUAGGAAAACCAAUGCUCUCAGAGGUAGGUUACUCAUGUCUAAGACAACUACAGCGAUCAAUACCAAGAAAAGACCAAAAACAGGAAUACAUAGAUGAACUGAAUUAAGAAAAACCAUCAAAAGACACAAAAUAAGAGAAUUGGAAAAUUUAACCAAGCACUUCCUCCACAAAUGCAAUACAACUGAUGCAAAGAAACUAUACUAUAAUGCAAACAGACAGCAAACCAAGACAUCUGAGAAAAGAUAUUUGGCAUGUGGCUUGGCCUUAGCACUAAAAUAUAUAGUCUACUUGUCAAGCUUGAAUGCCUGUAUAGACUACAUCUUUGAAUACACCAAUUUUGAACAUGUAGAUUCCUAAAUAACACCUGACACAAACCUGAUGUAAACUGUGACAAAGGUUUGUUUGAGACUCAAAGGAAAGAAAGAGAAAAUCGACAUUAAACAGACUGGGAAUUACUGAACAUAU